ACCGCUGGCUCGUCGUUUGUUUUUUUCUUGUAACAUUUUCUCGAUUUUCACAGACGGAGUGCUUUUGUAAACGCUGUGCGUUCAGUAAAGUCGCGUAAUAGUUAUUUUCCAACGUCGAUACUUUUGAGAUAGUGCUUAGCUAUGGCCAUUUCGCAAUCAGCUCUUCGAAAUCAACUCGCUGCUCUUACCAACUUUUCCGGAAUCCACAAGGAGCAAGCCGACAAGUACCGGGGUCUGCUAGACCAAAUUCUGCUCAACACCGGCAACGAAUUAGUGGACACACUCAAACUUUUUAUUGAAGCAAUUGUGAAUGAACAUGUCAGUCUGGUAAUCUCCCGGCAAAUUUUGUCCGACGUGAGCACCCACCUGGCCAAACUGCCCGAUGAUAUAUCGAAGGCGGUGUCGCACUUUACUCUGGACAAAGUACAACCCCGUGUGAUUUCCUUUGAGGAACAAGUUGCUUCCAUCCGACAGCAUCUGGCCGGGAUAUACGAACGGAACCAAAACUGGAAGGAAGCCGCCAACGUACUCGGUGGCAUCCCGCUCGAGACCGGACAAAAGCCAUACUCGUUGGAUUACAAAUUGGAAACUUAUCUGAAAAUCGCUCGCCUCUACUUGGAGGAUGAGGAUCCAGUGCAGGCGGAAGCAUUCAUCAAUCGUGCUUCCAUUCUCCAGGCGGAUACCAAGGAUGAAAAACUGCAAAUCCUCUACAAAGUGUGCUACGCUCGCGUUCUUGACUAUCGCAGGAAGUUCAUCGAAGCUGCCCAACGGUACAAUGAGCUGUCGUACCGUACUAUCGUAGACGAGAGCGAACGGAUGACCGCCCUGAAGAAGGCACUUAUCUGCACGGUUUUGGCUUCGGCCGGGCAGCAGAGAUCUCGUAUGUUGGCGACACUGUUCAAAGACGAACGUUGCCAGCACUUGCCGGCCUACUCGAUUUUGGAAAAGAUGUACUUGGAUCGCAUCAUUCGUCGGUCGGAGUUGCAAGACUUCGAAGCGUUGCUGCAAGCUCACCAGAAGGCGAGCACCGUAGACGGUUCGACCAUAUUGGAUCGUGCCGUUUUUGAGCACAAUCUGCUAUCGGCUAGCAAGCUGUACAAUAACAUCACAUUUGAUGAGCUUGGCUCCCUGCUGGAGAUCCCUCCGAAUAAGGCCGAGCGCAUUGCCAGCCAGAUGAUAACCGAGGGACGAAUGAAUGGAUACAUUGAUCAGAUCGACGGAGUGGUCCACUUCGAAACUCGUGAAAUCCUGCCCCAAUGGGACAAGCAAAUUCAGAGCCUAUGUUAUCAGGUAAACGGUUUGAUUGAAAAGAUCAGCGCAGCCGAGCCCGAAUGGAUCGCUAAGGUUAUGGAUGAGGAAAUGUGCACCUAAGACAUCUGAUCUAGGUCUUGAGUUUACGACGAAUUCGGAUCUUAACUAACUGUAAGCGAUCGGCGAAAUAAUGAUUUGAAAUGUAAUCUAUUAAUCUUACCAUAAACAUGGAUGGUUUAGCAAAAAUGUAA